CCGUCCCAUCGCUUCCAGCUCUCGGCCCUGCACCUGGCAGCAACAUGUGGCUCCUGGAGCGGCUGCGCGGCAUGGCGGAGAGCAGCAGCGCACGGGGCUCGGGGCCGGACGAUUCCCCGCGGGGCUCCCGCUAUAGCAACGUCCUCACCCCAGAUAAGAUCCCCGACUUCUUCAUCCCGCCCAAGCUGAGCGCUGCACCCGCUGAACCCGAGGGUACCGAAACCACCGCGCCUCCCGUCCUGGGUCCGUCUGUCUCGGAGCAGGACCUGACGGACCGCAAGACCCCACGCAGCCCCCGGCCUCCCAGCCGACCCCGUGCGAAGGCAUCCGGCCGUCACAUCAUCCAGAUCGAGAGCGCCGAGGACUGGACAGCCGAAGGCGGCUUCGGCACCAACGUGGACCCGCAGGCGCAGACAGCCAUGUCUCUGCCCUAUGUCCCCAAAGCGCAGACCUCCUACGGUUUCGCCACGCUGGUGGAGAGUCCCCACACCCGACGUAAGGAAUCGCUCUUCCAUAGCGAACACAGCAGCCUCUGCCCCUCGCCGGCCACCUCGCCCAGUGGCCAGCGCAGGGCAAAGCUCAACGGUGAGAGCAGAGCUCAGGCUCCUUCCGACCUGGGGGCGGCCCUCAUGCACCCCGGGCGCUAUUUCAGCGGCGGUGAAAGCGACACGUGCUCUUCAGCCGAGUCCUCACCCUUCGGCUCACCCCUCCUCUCCCGCUCCGUCUCUCUGCUGAAGAUCUUCAGCCAGGAGAGCCAAUCCAAGGUCAUCAAGCUGAAGCACUCGGUGGCUCGCAACAGCUCGCUUUCAACCGAUGACAGCUCAGCCGACACCAGUCCCAGCGCCCAGCGUCGCUCCAGGAGCGCUCCGGCCGGGGGACAACCGACAGCGGGCGCGGAGCUGCCGCAGGGUCGGCCCCGUGAGCACAGCCUGCGGCUCAGCCGGGGCGGCCGCCUCCGUCUGACUGCUGAUUAUGACCCUUCCAACGCCCGGCUUCGCGUUCAGCUCAUCUGCGCUGAGGAUCUCUACGACGCUCUGGUCGAUGUGCGUGGCAUCCACUGCUGCGUUUCUCUGUGCCUCAACCCGGGGAAGCUACAGAAGCAGCGCAGCACCAUCAUCAAGAACAGCCGCAACCCUGUCUUCAAUGAGGACUUCUUCUUCGAUGGGCUGGGCCCCAGCCACGUCAGGAAGCUGUCCCUCAAGCUGAAGGUGGUCAACAAAGGCAGCAGCCUGAAGCGGGACACGCUGCUGGGGGAGAAGGAGCUCCCGCUCAGCGCCCUGCUGUAGGCUCAGCAGCCCUGCAGGGAGCGUGCCCGUGGGGCUGGGGCACGGGAGGGCUUGGGCCAGCCCUGACGCCUCUGAACUAGGGCUUGGAAGGGCCCCCAGAGGAGGGCCAGGGCUGUGGCAGAGCUCAGGGAUGCAGGGCCGGGUCCCCGGGAGCGGAGCUGCCAGAUGCAGCCCUCCUGUUCCAGCCUCUCCCUUCUGUUCCAGCUCCCUGGCCGGGGCUGCGGCUCCUGGAGCACAGCAGGAGCCACCUGCCCUGUCCCUUUCAGAUGGAUGGAUGUCACCUGCUGGGCUCUUCCCUUUCUGGUUUCCCGUGGCCUCCAGCUGGCCAGCACGAAGGUUGGAAGUGGGUAGAGCUCUGCAGCAUGCUUAUUGCCACCUCUCUCCAAGCCUUAGCUCCUGGAGUCAGAUGAUGGCAUCGACCUUGGCUUUCAUUUAAAAGUCAAGCUUUGUAGUCUUGGAAACUGCAGAGAAAAUGCUGCAGAGGUGACCCAGGAACCUGGUCGGGGUCCCUGGGAGGUGGCCUCGUGGCUGACUCACCUCUGUGGUCUUUCUGAGUCCCUUCCUGGAACCACAUAGAGUGUGCAGUCAGCUCUACCCUCCUGUCCUGGUCCCCCAGAUACUGACCCCUCUCCCCCAUGAAUAACAGCUGCAGGAACUUCAGAGGCAUUUGGAUUUAUCCAAACCCAGAUGGAUGCUGA